CCCUGGAGGCGGGCGAGCGGAGAGAUGGCGGACAAGGAGAACUCGGAGUUGGAGCGGUUCCUGAGAGAAGUGGAUGAGAUCACAAAUUUGGUUGAAGAAUUUAAGUCUGAUGACCCUGCAAUACGAGAAAAAGCUUUCCAGAAAGCAGAUGAAAAGUUGGAAAGAGGAUCCAGUGGAGCCGAUAUAGUUGAAGGAUGCAAGACAAAACUGAACUGCACAUUAAUCAAUCCAAACCCUUCAUGUAGUGGACCACCCCAGCCUCCUAAUCUCCCUGGUCAAUAUAGAAUGGACAGCAAUGUGAUGAACCAAGAUGAUUUCUUAACAGUUCUUGCAAGAGAUGCAGAGACAAGAGGGAAGAGAAGAAAAAAGAAUCAAAAGCUCGCCAAUGCAUUGAAAGAGAAGGGUAAUGCAGCAUUCAAAAAAGGGGACUAUGCAACUGCUGUGCAGUACUAUACAGAUGGCCUGGAAAAGCUGCGAGAUUUUCAGGUCCUAUACACUAAUCGAGCACAGGCAUAUAUCAAACUGGGGAAAUAUGAAGAGGCAAUCAGUGAUUGUGAGUGGGCCCUGAAGUGCAAUGAAAACUGUAUAAAGGCAUACGUUCAUAUGGGAAAGGCUAACCUUAGCUUAAAGAAAUAUGAGGAGGCUCAACAAUGCUAUCAGAAAAUUUUAGAAAUUGAUCCAAACCAAGAGAAGCUGGUUAAAGAAUAUAUGAAUUUAUUGGAGCUGGCUCAAAAAAAGGAACAGCAGGAGAAAGAAGUUGUGGAAGAGUUUGAACGGGGUAAUGUGAAUACUACAACGGCUCAUGAAGUGCUGAAGAAACUAUCCAGCUCCAAUAAAAUUCCUUAUUUCUACCUUGGCGGUAUGAGGUUCCUGACCGAGCUGAUGAAGGAGGGCACUGAACAGACUUUAUUCAGAACAAAUAAUGGAUUCAGUAUUAUCAGUGACAACGAGAUUCUAAGAAGGAGUCUUACCAGCUCAGUGAAAGAACCUUAUGAAGUGGAGCUGUGUGUUGCUGUCCUUGUGCUGUGGCAGGCUGUCUGUCAUGGGAAUGAGGAGAAUCAACGUUUACUUAUCACUUCUGGUACAAGUGAACAGUUACUAGAUCUGUUGUCCUGUAAAGAGAGUGAAAUCUACACUGAGUGCAUAACUUUACUAUCCAGCUAUUUAUUGUCAGAGUAUGGAAAAGGUUUACUGCUGUGCAAUCUGAAUUUAACAAGGUUGAUGCAGAUCCUUUUGGGAUUUUUGAAUUGCACUGAUACAAUUGCGAGCACUGCCAUGGGAAUCCUCGCCAGCCUAGUGCCAGAGAAUAAGUUUAAAAAGUAUUGUCGAAAUGAUUUUACAGUUAAUGUGUUACCAUCAUUUGAAAUUCUCUUGAAAAACUUGAAGUUGGUGAAUAAGCAGGUCUUUCCACAAUGCAUAUCCAUCAUUGGGAGCUUUGCAACUGACAAGGCAAUUUCUGGACAAAUAGCAGGGAGAGAAGAAUACUGGGAGUCUUGCCUAGCUGCUAUUGAUGAAGCUAUAUCAUCUGUCCCUGAGACUGACUACAGAGAAACCUUGUACGCUCUCCUGGGCCUGAUGGUAAACCUUUCCGUGGAGCAAUGCUGCACCAUCCAGGCAAAAGCUCCAGCUAUUACAGAAAGGUGCAUCUCCUUGCUUGGGAGUGCAGAUGGUGGUAUUCUCACAAGAGCCACAGGGCUUCUGAGUCACAUGCUCCCUCAGUCUGCUGAAGCAGUGGAAAAAGCAUUGAAAUCUGAAAUCGUGAAGAAAAUGCUCAGGUUUAUAAAGGUGGGUGGGAUGACAACUACACGAUACGCUGUGAAAAAUCUGGCUGUCUGCAGCAGUCACAGCGAGCAUGCCUGUGAAGAGAUUGUUAAGUGUGAUAAAAAGCUCAGUGGUCUAAGGAAACUGUUGUCUUCAGACGAUGAGUUAGUGGUGGGGAACGCUGCCCUUUGCCUUUCGCACUGCUUCGAGAUCCCUGGAGCUGCUACAUCUCUACUCAAUUCGGACAUCGUCAGAGUGUUGUUAAAGCAUGCUGGUGGUGAUGCCAAGCAAAAUGGCCUCCAGCAGAAUGCAGCAAUCGCUCUAGGUAAACUUUGCUUGGCAGAAUCCAGGCAUAGGACUGAGCUCCGAGAACUACAUGGAUUGGAAAUUCUUACGUCCUGCAUGAAAUACAUAAAGUGAGGGUGUAACCUUAUGAACUGUGACUCAUGGGUAGCUGUGCUGAAGCUAAUACAUCUGGAGAAUUACCUGAAGAGACUGGUUAUGUUUAUCGACUUUUAGGAACCUGGUUUAAUUGGUGGUAGAAUAGAUUCAACUUGAAUGCACUCUAACUCCAUUUAAUCAAUACUGCUAUGGAAAGUAAUCCCACAAACUUUAUUUACUUAUUCUUUCUAAGCUGCAAAACCAGCAUCCUGAUCCUUGCCUCACUCUAUGCUGUAACUAGUGUUCAUUAUUACAGCUUCCGAUUGAGUUUAUUCUUUCCCACUAUCUCUUACAUGUUAAAUGCUUUCCCUCAUUUAUUAUUCUGUUCACCCACGUUAGCUACAACAUAUUCAGUUCCAGUCUCAGAUAUUAUUUCGUUAUCUGACUUUCCCUUCUAUAUCUCCCAAUCUUGGUGAUAUUCUGGACUCUGGACCUUGGUUGCAAACAUAUGAAACAGGAACAGAAGUAGGCAGUUUCAGCCUCUUGAGUGCUUGCUUGGCCAUUCUAUAAAGAUCUGUUUGUGUUUCAGAUUCCACAUUCCCAUCUUCCCCUGAUAACCUUUGAUUCCCCGCCUAACAAGAAUUUAUCUAACUCUGUCUUUAAAUAUAUUCAGUUAUUCUCUUCCACUACCCUUUGAGACAAAUCUGUUCUAAAAAUGCAAAACAAUAUCCCCCUAAUUGUGGGCUCACCAAUUAGAGAAAACAUCCUUUCCAUGCCAAAGCAACCUUUCUAUGCCUUGUUAAUAACAUUCAUGAUCUUACACAUUUCAAUCAGUCAUCCCUCACUCGUAGGUGUUCAACGUUUGUGUGAAGAUUUGUAGCUUGGGUGCUCGUUGUUGUGGUUCUGUUCACCGAGCUGGGAAUUUGUGUUGCUGAC